AGCCGGUCAAGGGCCGGUUUACAUGGCACGCGAGAAGCGUCAAAUGCGCAAAUUGCGGCGGACACGGCCACCUGAAAGUAUGCGCCUUUCUGGCUAAAAACGUCGUCAGCUUACCGUGGCGAAAGCUGCAGGUGCAGUCGGUGGCGGCAUAGGAAGGUCGCGGCAAACGAACGACAGGGCUGGGAGAUGAGACUUCGCCGCUGUUUCACGAUGCUUUUGGCAGCAGUACUUGCGCUUGCCAUCACGACUGCCAGAGCGAUGCCUACGGCAGUGACAGUGGAGGCCGCUCCUGACGACGCCUCGACGGGAGCAGUAACCUUCUCGGUCGACCUGCUCUCCAUGGAAGGACAAGUACCAAAAGAUGGUUCCCAGUAUGGCGGCUCUCGUUACGGGGCUAUUGAAGACACAGAACCUGAGCAUGACGUUAGCACCUCGACCAACGUUUCUGCUUCGCUUCCCGAAGCCCCAACCGACGAUUCGGACGACGGUGUUCUCGGCCGUCUAGCAACUGCUACGGAGUGGUCAGGUUAUUCUAGCGACUCGCCCUCGAACUUGCAAACUGAGCCGGAAGUCCGCAGCAUUGGCGACAGUUCACGAGGUCAUUCGCAGCUGUCAACCUUGAUACCAGUGACGACGGUGCAAACAGGGACCACUGAGACAUACCUGGCAUCCAUAUCCGAAGACGCAAUAUCACCAAGCACGUACCCCACAACAGCACCAGCUAAGGGGCUGUUGGAACUCAGUGACACGGGAAACGAGGGCAAGCCUUUUGGAGGGUCUGGCAUGACUACACUGGGUGACGUUACGUCAGAACAACUUAGUAGCACUGAUUUACCCAUCGGAAAGGAAGACCUGGUUUCCCGAAACAAGGAGGCCGAGACCCCUGAGAGAGAGCGCCCACCUAAAUCUGACGACCCAAACGGGAUGCAUGAAAAUGAACCAAUAGGCAGCGGACGCACUGACAGAGGCAGAGUUCCGGCUGUCAUCGUUUCAGCUAGAGCUGACGAGGACGGUGCUUCAAGCAGCGACCGUGCAAAUCCCUUACCACAAAAGGGUUCAAUUGGCUCCGUUGCCCCUGCAUUGCAGGCAUCCCCUGCAGAAAGUGCGCAAAGCGGAUCUUCUGGCACUGCUCAAGUUGAUCAUCUGAUGGCAAGGGCUGGGGAAAAGCCUGACAUGGAGAAAGAUGCAGGAGGAUCAGAUUCCCCCCGAGAAGACGCGAGUAAAGCUGGUAAAAACGAAAAAGAGGCAGCAACCUUGGCGAGUGCACCCGCUGGCGUAGGCGAUGAACCGCGACAAGACACGCCCGGAACGAGGAACUUGAACACUGAUCCACCGGCUGCGGCGCGGGCUGCAAAUGAUCCCGUGCACUCGUCUCAGCCAGGAAACUCACCUGGCCAAGGAGCUCGUACGUCAAACAAGCCCACUGAAGGCACAGAAAAACUUGACGCUUCUGCGCUUUCAAAAGCAAGCCAAGCCGGUCUUCCUGAAUUGGGACGAGCGGAACCACCGACGCCACAGCAAGGGCCAACUGGUAACGGUGGAAAAGGCGACACUGUCAGAACUGAUGACGCAGCGAGCCCCAAGUUGGGAGGUGGCUUGUCUGGUAGGGCAGCAGAUACCACAGAUAAGGCCUUGGAAGCGCCAAGAAAUGCCGAUACUCCCACGGCCGGAAGCACAAACAAGGGGAACGAACCUCUAUCUCCAAGAGCAGAACAGCCGAAGGCUACCGGCGGUGAACCUGGUGCUGGAGCUCAUCCUACAAAUAAGUCACCCGAAGUGCCGAGAAGUGCCGAUGCUCCUGUGGGCGGAAACAACAAAGCCAAUCAGCCGGAAUCUCCGAGAGCAGAACAACCGAAGGCUGGCAGUGGAGAAUCUGGCCGGGGAGAUGAGCCUUCAAGCAAGCCAGCUGAAGUGCCCAGAAGUGCCGAUGCUCCUGGGGGCGGAAUCAACAAAGCCAGUCAGCCGGCAUCUCCGAGAGCAGAACAACCGAAGGCUGGCAGUGGAGAAUCUGGCCGAGGAGUUGAUCCUUCAAGCAAGCCAGCUGAAGUGCCGAGAACUGCCGAUGCUCCUGUGGGCGGAAACAACAAAGCCAAUCAGCCGGAAUCUCCGAGAGCAGAACAACCGAAGGCUGGCAGUGGAGAAUCUGGCCGGGGAGAUGAUCCUUCAAGCAAGCCAGCUGAAGUGCCCAGAAGUGCCGAUGCUCCUGGGGGCGGAAACAACAAAGCCAGUCAGCCGGAAUCUCCGAGAGCAGAACAACCGAAGGCUGGCAGUGGAGAAUCUGGCCGAGGAGUUGAUCCUUCAAGCAAGCCAGCUGAAGUGCCGAGAACUGCCGAUGCUCCUGUGGGCGGAAACAACAAAGCCAAUCAGCCGGAAUCUCCGAGAGCAGAACAACCGAAGGCUGGCAGUGGAGUAUCUGGCCGGGGAGAUGAUCCUUCAAGCAAGCCAGCUGAAGUGCCCAGAAGUGCCGAUGCUCCUGGGGGCGGAAACAACAAAGCCAGUCAGCCGGAAUCUCCGAGAGCAGAACAACCGAAGGCUGGCAGUGGAGAAUCUGGCCGGGGAGAUGAGCCUUCAAGCAAGCCAGCUGAAGUGCCCAGAAGUGCCGAUGCUCCUGGGGGCGGAAAGAACAAAGCCAGUCAGCCGGAAUCUCCGAGAGCAGAACAACCGAAGGCUGGCAGUGGAGAAUCUGGCCGGGGAGCUGAUCCUUCAAGCAAGCCAGCUGAAGUGCCGAGAAGUGCCGAUGCUCCUGUGGGCGGAAAUAACAAAGCUAGUCAGCUGGAAAUACCUAGAACAGAGCAGUCGAGGCCACAGCAAGUGCAACCUUUGAUUGAUGCCGGGGGAAAGGGCGACACAGCCAGAGAUGGGGACGCGGCAAAGCUGAAGGCUGGCGGUGGCGAAUCUGUUCGCGGAGGAGAGACAGUAAACAAGCCCCAGGAAGUACCUAGAAAUGUGGAUGUUCCUGCGGGAGCGAACAAAGCUGGCCAGCCUGAAGCUCCAAGAGCGGAACAGCCUAAAGCACAAGGACCAGGUAAGGCCAGCGACAGCUCAGAAGUGCCCAGGGCGGAGCAGCAGAACCCACCUACUGUCAUGAAGGCAGUUACCAACAAGAACAGUGAAGGCAGGGAAGACAGACAACCGGAAAUUCCGAAAACUGAGGUUCCGAAGCUACCUGCUCCAUCCAGCGCAGCUAGGGACGGCAAGGGAGACGCUACACCAGGUAAAACUCAAGGAACUCUUCGCACGGACGAGGGUAAGACUGUCGUUGACGUGAAAGGCGACCCACCGGUAGCGGUCACUGUACCUGAGGGAUCAAAGACAAAGGUCAUUGUUGAAGACAAGAAAGACUCCAAAGAGGACAUCAAGAAGCCAGAAGCAACAAAAAUGGUCGAGGCAACCGAAUCCGAAACGCACAUUUCAAUUGACAACCAUGAACCCGAGAAGAAACCUACGGCUGUGGUUGUUCAAGAGGAAAGACCACAUGAAGGUAUGAAGGACAAGGAUAAAGAAGCAGUGCUAGUCAUUAAAAACAUUACAGUUGAAGUGGAACCAGAGGCAGCUAAACCGGACUCCAAGCCAGAAAAAACUGUUCCAGUUGUACCACCAACGGAGACAGUAGUGUACCCACCUCCUCCAGUAUUAAGUCCUCCAUAUCAACAAUCUUCGGCUUAUCAACCUUAUCAGCCCUAUCAGGCACCACCCUAUCAUCAACCUUCUGGAACCGUCGUAUAUAUACCACAGAGUGUUUAUCAGCCUGCCCCUCAUAUGACCUACGUGCCAGGCAAUAUGCUGCCUUACCAAGGCCAGCACAUGAGUCCUUCAUACCAGCCGGUCCAGUAUCAACAACCUUACACUGGCUACCAGCAAACUGCCUACCAUCCAGUCUACCAACCGACAUAUCAUCCAGUCAACGGUCCUGCCUAUCCGCAAGCCCAACAUGCAGCUUACAAUCCGGCGUACAUGCCAAGCUACAGGCCACAGCAACAAGUAAUCUACGUUGCACAAUAUCAGCCUCCACGUGCAAAUCCUUCAGAGCACUACAUUACAAACCAAGCGAGUCACCACGUAGCCUAUGCUCCUACGUACAAAGGCCAGCAUAAUCCUGCCCCAAUGGCAGGUUACCAGGCAGGCUAUCCUCCUGCGGCUAACAUACCUUACGCCGCACCCGCUUACCAGAACUAUCCGCGCUAUUCUCCAGCUGUGAAACCAGCGUACCGCACGCAACGAGAGCAUGUGGUACACUUGAGGCACAUACAGCCUGUCGUUAAGCGACCCGGUCAUCGGACUCUGGCUCACGGAGGCUACAGGCGCAAUGUGAACGAACAAAAUCAUGCUUCUCAACUGCACUUUGCGCCAGUGAUUGCUCACAAAGAGAAUGCAGCCGUGCCAAUCGACGCUCCCGCAUUGAAGACAAGUCCCGCAGCCCAUCCAGCCGCACUGGGCCCUUUGCAGAGUUACAGAGCACACAGCGCAGGUGAAAAUCCCCACUUCAAAGCCAGUCACCCGCCGAAGAUGACGAUUUGGAAGGGACCAAUCUACGAUGAACCGCAUAUUCCUGUGGCCUACAGGAGAUCGGGGGUUCCUGACGAGGCUCCUGCUGUGGAAGAUAUGGAAUUAUUGGAAAUCUAUGAAGAUGGCGAUGCGUCGGUGGAGCAACCAAUCAACACCGAGAGCGAGUUCGUCUAACUAUUGCGAUAGUUGUGUAGCCUUCCGCGUAUUUCCACAACACCAUGCGAAGUAAACCCAUUUGGGACUGAAUGCGGUGGCCUGAGCGCAGGAUGCUCUUUUACAACACAUCCUUACGGCGUUUUCUGUGCUUUUGAAUAUUCAUUGUAAUGUAACCGUAUAUUUUUCAUGAUACAAUUUUUAGCCUUCCACUGCAUUUGCAGAUUGUGACAGUGGGUACAUUUCUAUUUAAUAAAUGAUUCUUUAUGUUACACUUUAACCAAGAA